UGUAAGGAAUGUGGGAAAGCCUUUUCUCAGAGCUCAGAGCUUGUUCAUCACUGGAGAAUCCACACUGGAGAGAAACCUUAUCAAUGUAAUCAAUGUGGGAAAGCUGUCAACACAGGCCUGGUUCUUCAUCAGAGAAUCCAUACUAGGAAGAGACCCUAUGGGUGUAAAGAGUGCGGUAAAUCCUUUAGUCAAAGCUCCCACCUUAUUGGACAUCUGAGGAUCCACAUUAGAGAGAAACCCUUCAAAUGUGAUGAGUGUGGGAGGGCCUUCAGUCAGAGGUCAGGACUCAUGGAACAUCAGAGAAGCCACAUUGGGGAGAAACCCUACACACGUAAGGAAUGUGGGAAAGCUUUCCGAGGGAGCACCAGCCUUACUCAGCAUUUGAGGAUCCACACUGGGGAGAAGCCCCAUCAGUGUGAGGAGUGUGGACGAGCCUUCAUUCAGAGGUCAAGCCUUGUUCGUCAUCAGAGAAUCCACAGAGGGCAGCAGUCUGUGUGUGUAUCCUAA